UGCUACGCUAGGUCUCCCAAAAACACUGUUCUGGCGCCGCAGCGGUGCUCACUGCUCGCAAUUCUGACAUUAAUUACUGCUGCACCCACCUUCAGUUAGAUUCGCGGCACAAGAAGGCUGCCCAAUGUUGCCAAGCGCAAUCUAGGGCAGCCGCAAAAAUGCAGCAGCUCUGGCAUCUGUGGCCGCAUACCAAGCAAUACCUCUACCUGUGCGUAGCAGCCGUGCUGGCGCUCUACCUGCACACGAGUGACGAUGCGACAGCGUUGCGAUGCGGCACGAUAGUCGCUGUCAGCGUGCUACCCGCGUCGGCGCACGCGCCGGCCGCCGUCGUCGCGUCGAUGCUGCUGCCGCCGCUCGACGGUACGGCGGCGCUGCCGCCAUAUCUCCGCGUGCUGUUGUCGCGCGCUGGCCUCGCGGCGACGGCGGCGCUUCAGCUCGUGGCCCUCAGCUUGCUCAGCAAUCGGCGGUGGCGCGCGUCGCUCGGCGGCGAGCGCUGGGCGCCGGCGCCGCGGUGGGUCGCGCAUGCGGUUCUACUGAGCCGCUGGGCCAACGUCGUGGUCUUUGGCCUCUUCGCCGGCGCGCUGGGCGGCCACGCGGCGCGGCGGCGAAACGAGGACCGCGCCUUUCCCUAUCUCGCGGGCCAAUACUACGCCGCGCACCUCGCGUCGGCGCUCUGCGCGUCCGUCUUGGCGCUGCUGGACCGCCGCGCGCGCCACGCGUCCCUGGCCCUGCUCCUCGCGCCGUCGCGGUACGUGAACUGGGCGCUGCAGACGCGCGAGGCCGUCGCCGCGGGGCCGCACCCGUUUCCGCUAUUCGCGUUGGCUGCCGCGUGCGAGGCGUUGCGUAUUGCCUACGGCUACGCCUACGCCUUGCAUGGCAAGGGGUGGCGUUUUCCAAACGCCGUACCGCUCGCGACGGCUUGCCUCGAAACGGCGGCGUUCCUGCGCGCCGCCCUCGCGUCCCGCCUGCUCUUCACGCGCUGGCUCCGGGCGCCGCAGUUGGUGCAGGGUGGUUGUUUUGCGCUCGAGGCGUUCUUGACUUACCGACGGCACCGCUCGCGUGAUGACGUGUGGAUCAACAGGGGCGCUCGGGCAAUCGUGGGCCGCGUCUACGCGCCGGAUGAUCAGGGAGAGAAGGUGGACGUCGACCUCGACACGGCGCCGGGAACGUGGCGGCGGCGCGAGGCCACAUUCCGCAUCGCCGACGGAUUGGAGAGAGUCAAGAUCCAGGGGGCCAUGCGCGAGGUGUGUCGGGUCGACGGCACCUCGAUCUUCGGGGUGGAGCGGUGCGUGGCGAAGGCCUACACGCGGGAGACGCGCGAGUGGCUGUGGAGCAAUCAGGGCGUCGGCGACGGCGUGUAUUUCCGCGACGUGCACGCGCACCGCGUGGCCGGGAAAUACGCCGCAGACUUUAACGCCAAGGCCCCCGGAGUCAGGGUAGAAGUGGUCCCGGCUGUGGUGGUGGAGGUGCUCGAAGUCAAAGGCGACAAUGAGGACGCGGAGUUCACGCUCGGCAGCGACCGGAAAUAUUUGCACGUCGAGCCCUACAUCGAGGGCGCAUUGGAGGAGUUCUCGAAAUUCAACUCCAAUACCUUCUUCGCCGAGCUGUUACUGUCGGACCGACACGCGGACCCCGUCGCCGAGGCCUACUCCCACUUCACCUGGGCCGCGUCGGCGGGUAAACUCGUGGUGAGCGACGUGCAGGGCGUGCGGAGUAUGAAUACAUUACACGUCACGGACCCGCAGAUCCACACGUCCGGACCGUCGGACGCCUUCGGCGCGGGCAACGGCCAGAGCGAGGAGAAUAUUCGCGCGUUCUUCGCCUCGCACGAGUGCCGCGGCAUCUGUUCAAAGCUGGGUCUUGCCCACCCCUUCCCCGACGACGUGAAAAAAGGUCUGGAAACAGUCUCCUCGGGGUUCUCGCUGCGGCCGUUCUUCACGCGCCAGGACUACUUCCGGAGGGCCGCGGCGUCCUCGAAAUUCAAGUAACAUUA